AGCGCCAGCACCAGCCUCAAGCGCCAGCACCAUGACGACACCACACACGCCCACCGAGUCCUCAGGCCUGCUCCGAUCGCUCUCCAAGUCGAACGUCUUUGAAGAGACCUCGCGCGUCCUGCGGUCCAUCUCCCGCUCCAACGCGUUCGAGGAAGACCCGGCCACGCUCACGACCGCGCUCUACGCGUCGGCGACCGUCACCGAGAUCCACACGUCGCCGUUGCAGGCAUGGCUGGGCACACUCAUCCUCGCUGCCAGCCUCAUCACUGUCUCGUCCGUCGGCAUCGCGCUCGACCUCCAGACCGGCGUCACGCCGCUCCUCAAGCUCUUCUGGCGUAUGACCGCGACUGCGUUCUUCAUGGGCCUCUUCGCCUACGCCCGCGGAUGCUCCUUCAAGCUGCCGACGACCAUCGACGUGGUCUCGAUGGCGUUUGCUGGUAUCGGCUACGUCAUCUUUCUCGGCACGUUCAUCUGUGCGCUCGACAUGACGUCUGUGAGCCACGCGUACAUCUUCAACAACUGCCACUCGCUCCUCCUCGUCCUCGGGAAGCUCGUGUUCCGCCAGCCCGUGACCGGCGCGCAGCUCACCGGCACGCUCAUCGGGCUCAUCGGUGGCAUCGUGACGACCCUCGACUUUCACGUGUCGGAUCCGAACGCACCGAUCACGCUGCCAUCGAUGGAAGGCGAUUUCGUGGCCUUCCUCGGUGCCAUCGGUGGCGUUCUCUACCUCACGCAGGCCGAGCGCCUUCGCCCCAACGUCGACCUCAUGGUGUUCAUGUACUACCUCGACCUCAUUGGCGCUGGCAUCCUCCUCACGCUCCUCGUGUGCAUGGGCGCGCCCCUUGAGCUCUCGAUGGACCCCACGGUCGGUCUUUACGGCUGGAUGACGCCGGCGGCAAACCGCCUCCCGGUCGCCCUCUACAUUGUGUUCGUCUGCGAUUUCAUUGGCACCAUGGGCUACGUCCGCGGCCUCUACUAUUUCGAGCCGAUCGUGAUUUCGAUGGUGAUGCUCCUCGAACCCAUCAUCGCGACCGUCAUCGGUAUUCUCGCGCAGGUCGAAGCGAUCCCAGGUCUGCUCACGCUCGGUGGCGGCCUCCUCGUGCUGGCGGGGACGGCACUCGUGAUUUUGAGCUCGCCCACCAAGGCCUCCGACGCCGAUGAUGUCGAGAAGGCGCGACUGACACCGCCGAAGCGGUCCCUCUCCGACUCGGUGCCAACGAUUCAAGUAUGACUGUCGAUCGGUGGGAUCAUCUACAUACUGCAAUCAAAAUCGUCGGUCGUGUCUGUUGCUUUUCU